GUUGCUUAUUAUUAUUUUUAGUGCCUUUAGUGGGUAGUUGACUGUUUUAAUGCUUUGCAGCAUUAUCUUUUCUGGUUUUUGGCCUUAUUUCUUUGCUUAAGUAUCUCGAAUGCAUUUUAUCCAAGACCCACUUCAGAAGGAAAUGUCAAUACUUAUUACAGAGGGAUUGUUUUGCUUCCUGCCUUCUCUGGAGGAUGCUGCAAGGGGAGGGGAGCAGACUGCGGGUGGCUGAGUGUGUGGGUGUGUGAUACGUGUCUAGCUGUACUGUGCUCCAUGGCUGCCCCACCUGCCAUAAGUCUUUCCUGCUCCCUCCCAUCUCAUAAGCAUAGCAAACACAGGAUGCAUGGGGAAAGCAACAGCAGGAGCCAAUCAGGACACAGCAAGGCGGGUCGAGUUGCAUGUGCUCUUGUUUGUGUACGUGCAAAAGACAGCUCCCGGCAGAGAGGGCGGGAUUGCAGCCAGAGUGUCUCACUGUUCUUUAGCUGGCACUGCCAGUCUUGGGUUAGAUUCACUGGAUAGAGUAAAGCUGUGCUGGAAGUCAACCAAUCCAACCACAACUUUUGCCGCAAGUAUACUGGAGGAAGGCAAGAAGAAAUAAUGUUACUGUUGGAUUGCAACACAGAGGCUGAUGGGCAGAGCCACCUUCUGGAAGCUGGGACUGAAGUGAAUUUAGCUGCUGAUGGAUUUUGUCAGUCCCCAGCUCAUCUGGCUGCUUGUGGAGGACAUGCUUUCUUCCUACUUUGGCAACAGCAGACAGGAGCCAAUCUGAACCAACAGGACUGGAUUGGGGAAGCUCCAAUUCACAAGGCAGCUAAAGUUGGGAGUUUGGAGUGUCUCACUUUGCUGGUUGCCAGUCAUGCUGACAUUGACUUGCGCAAUAAGAAUGGUGAAACAGCAGAAGACCUUGCAUGGGCUUUUGGAUUUUUGGACUGUGCACAGUUCCUCAGGAAAAUGAAACACAUUCAAAACAGGAAAGCAAUAACACAGCUUAGUUACUCUCUGCAUGAUGACAGCUUGCUUAAAGACACAGAGGCAAGACAGAAACGAGCAUAUGAAAGCAAGAGAUCCAUAAGCAAGAAGAGGAGGAGAUCAAAUGAAUAAAGAUGAAGUCUUCGAUGUCACGUGAAAGCCAAUUACUGCAAGAAGACGUGUGAACACUAAGAACUUUACAAAGAAAUAAGUCUGCAUCUCAAAACCAA